AUGUAUCGGAAGUUGUCUAAGUUAGAACACUCGGAAAUAAAACAACUUCUUACAGAAGCUAAUAUAGAUGUUGCAAAGCAUUACGCAACAAACAAAAAAGCACUCGCUGACAUCCUCAAUGACUAUAAUGGUGCAAUAAGUUAUGAUAGAAUUCAUGAGUUCAUAAAGCCGCAACGCGGCGAAGACGAAGUCCAUGCAAGAGCAUUUCCUUUAAAUGACGUUGCUAUUGACUUAUAUCAUAGACGUUCAGUACCUCAUGAAGUAAGAAGAGAAAUGUUUGACAUAACAAAUGCAAACGUUGGUCAUACUCGUAAAGCUCUUUCUCAUGACGUUCGUCAAGAGAUGUUUGAACUUACGAACUCAAACGUUGGUGAAACAAGAAGAGCUGUACCUCAUGAAGUAAGAAGAGAAAUGUAUGACAUAACAAAUGCGAACGUUGGUGAAACAAGAAGAAGAGACGACACACUGAAACAACAGAGAAGAGAGAUGUUUAAGAGCGCUAUAGAACAAGUUCGCAAAGAUAACGAUGUCCUUCGUUCCAUUGACGACAAACCAAAAGAAGGUGAGAGAUGGUUAAAGAAAGAUGAAGAGAAUAGGAAGAGGAAUGUUAAGACAGGCAAUAGACUCAUUGACUUUAACAUCGAAGCUUUAGAUGAACCAAACAGAGACUACUUACACAAACAUUUCGGUAAGGUUUUCAUGAGACUCUUAGAGAAAAUUAAAAUAAACUCCCAACAAAGAUGGAUGGUAUGUUAUAAACUUGGUGGAAAGUAUGAAUGUUCUACGUUAAACCUCAAUAAUAUUGGAACAUUACUACAUCAGCUCUUGAAGGAGAACUUUAUAUCAGAGAUAGAAGCAAAUGCUGCAGGUAUUGUUGAAAUGCACUAUGACUUCUUCUUGACAAACAUAAAGAAUCUUACUGAAAUAAAGAUGUAUGAUUUAACAGAAUAUGAAGGCUUAACGAUGUCAGAUGUAAAGAAAGGCAAACCAAAAAAGAGACCAUAUAGAGAUGAAAGCACACUGACAAAUGACCAGAAAGCCAUUUUGGAAGCUCUUAAGCAAACAGGAAACCCAGCACUUAUAGAAAGCUUUUGGAAAGAUAAUGGUGAAAAGAAGUUUUAUAAGAAGAGAAGCGGUCAGUUCUGGAAGUAUCUUUGCACAUUACCUAUAAAUCUUGAGCGCUACCAAAUCUUCAAUGAACUGAACAAAAGAACUGCAACACUUAUGACAGAAGAUAACUGCUUCGUUUAUGCUUGCAUUCAGGCUGGAGUAAAUGAAGAAACUAUUGACCACAUGAGAGAAGUCAUUCGUGUUAGUACAAGGACAAGAAAUUUCUGA